UCGUCGAUGUGCCGCAGAUUUAAAAGCGUACGACAUGGAGCGCUGCAAGCCGCCAACGAAGGGGAUAAGGGUGAGGUUGCCCGAGUUGCCGCUGCACAAGUCUCAUCUGGCUCAACAGAAACGGAAUGGAUUGCACAAUGAUGCAACUACGCCUGACGAUGUUCCAGCGUCGAAUCCCAGGCAAAGAGCUUUGCCCAGCAGCUACGAAGAGUUCCAGCAGUACUUGAAGCUGUUGGCAGUUUAUCCUCUGCCCCCUCCCUGGGAUUACCACUGGGACUGUUCCGACUGGGCGAAAGGGUCCGUGACUCCAUUGCCGAACAUCACGGAAGUUUCUGCUGGGGAAGUUCCUGAUUCUUCGAGCUUCCAUAGCAACGAAAGCAACGAGUCGAACGUCCCCCGUUUACCGAAGCCGGUUCUUCCUGGUCCUACUUCGGUGACGACUGGCGAGGAACAAGAUCAAGAGAUCGAGACGCUUCCCGUCCUUGACGACGUUGACGCUGAAUACGUCGGCGAAAUGACUGACUUUGACCUGGAUUCCCAAGGCGACAUUCCGUUUUCAGACGCCGGCGGACUCGACGUCAUUGAAAUUCCAUUCGCUGACGCGGAAAACGCGACGAUUAGCGGAGCCGAGUCCGUUGGUGGCGAUGAGCACCGAAUCCUGCACCCCGAUGACUACUUGCCCACUCACCACCUCACAAUGAGUGAGAACGAAACGACGGAUUCGGAAUCGGCGGCCUUGUGGCGACGUCGACCAAGAAUCGGUCCAAGAAGAGCUGUCGCCGGGUCGGCCAACCGCCGCGGGUUUGUGUCUCGGGACAGUUUUAUUGGUGCCAAUAAUGAUAAUGGAAGAGGAGGAAAUCGCACCACCGGAACUUCCGGUUCUAAUGAUGAGAAUGAUGACUUCAGAGUGUGUGACAUUGAGGAUUCGUCGGACGACACACCCUCUGCUGGGGAGUGUACGCGGUUGAUAGAGCGAUCUUGCAGCCCACCCAUACAAAUCACCAAGUUGUGAGCACACGUGUUGACAGAAGAAGUUCAGAUGCAGGUACAGGCAGUACUUGAAUAAAAAGAAAAGCUGUUCUACGUGUAAUCAGCUCCAUGUCUUUUAAAACUUUCCCUCUUGUUUUGCAUCAAGAAUUCUAUGGACGUGAACUUGAUUUUUUUUUUUUUUUUAAUUGCCGACUUUGUAUUUCUGGUGAAGAAAAAUUCGACGAUCAGCGCUUUUUUCUGAGUACUGUGAUUAGGUGGGUUCCUUGGCCGCAUAGAUUCUGAAGAGUAGCAUUUACGAACUUCUUGAAAUGAUUUUUCCAAUAAAUUCUUCAUUGAUAUUUCCAGCUUUUUUAUUUUUCCCAUUGCAUUUAUGAUAGUUCAUUUUCAUGAAAAAUUCCAGUGAGCAAGCAUUUAAUGCUGUGUGAUAUUUGCUGAACGAAUAACUUCGUGACGUGAAUGCGAUCAUGUACUUAAAAGCCUCCAUCUGAACUUCACGAAUUCAUGUCACGUUUGUCCUUGAAAGAGAUAGAAAUUCGGCGAUUAAUGCCAUCGUGAUAACGGCGCUAGUGUUUUCUUGUUUCUGUUCUUGCGUGAAAACCUCGAAUGGAAUUUGGGAGGAGAAUUCCGGCCCUUAAAGUCCAGAGCAAAAUGUGUCGUGCAGUUCGGGCAGAAAAUGGCUGUGGUGUAACUGUUUCUUGCUUGUGAGAACCGAGCGCACGACUUCCUGAUCGAGCUGAGUUUUUUUUUUUUUUUUUUGCCAUGUGGAUUUUUCGGUUCAGUUCGUUGUGCUCGGGAGGGGAUGAGACCUGUUGACCAAUUUUGAUAUGAAAGUGUUGUAUUUCUUUUGUACCCAUCGCUGAGAAACGAUAGAAAGACGCUGAAGACCUUAUUACGAGGAACAGAAUCCGUGUUCAUUCUGCUUUCCUGUUUGAAAGUUACAGUUUUUUUUCGGACGUACAAGCUUCUUUGUUUGUGUCGGUAUUAAAAAUUCCUUUUUUUUUCUUUUCUUUUUUUUGUGUUCCGCGAAUUUUUAUUUCGAUUUAUCAUGCGAGCUGUGAUGUGUCGCCUCCUCGAGGAGGGAGAUCAUUGCGUGAGAUUUUUGCAUAAAUACGGUUCCCGUUUAUCUUUGAGUGAGGGUUUAUUUCUUGCGCGAUUUCGUGUUGAAGGGUGUUAACACGAAACACAUGCCGUAUUUUUCGACUUCCAAUUUGCGAAGCUGUCGCAAAUAAAUAAAAAAUAUAUAUAUAUAUAUUCUCGCGAAGAAUCGGUUCAAGAAAGUGUUUGUUUCGUAUGACGCGGUGGCAUUGUGAUAUUCCGUAUGUGCUGCGCGAUGUUUUCUUUUUUUUUUUUUUACUUAAGAGUUUGCGUGAGUUUGACGCUGAGAGCUUUUGUUUUUCUGUGU